AUGGUUCCUACUUGGCUGAAGAAUUUCACAUCUCAGAAUGGUAACGUUCUCGAGGUAACUUUUCACAACCCAGACUCGGCUAUAAACCUCUGGGGUGUCGACUUCCAGGAUGGAAUAACUGAUCUCGUUCGAAGACUUGGUAAUGAUAACGAGACCAAGGUCGUCGUCUUCAAGAGCGAUGUUCCCAAGUUCUUCUGUGCCCACUUGGACCUUCUGAUGCCUGGAGUUGCAACCGUUGGGCCAAAGUUUGCCAGGCUCAUGUAUGAAAUCUCCGAUCUGCCCCAGGUGACCAUCGGCGCCGUUGAAGGACGCGCUCGUGGCGGCGGUAACGAGUUUUUGUUGGCCCUCGACAUGCGUUUCGCCUCUGAACCCGAGUCAUUCUUUGGUCAGAUCGAGGUCGGCACCGGUCUCAUCCCUGGCGGCGGCGGUAGCCAGCACCUCCCUCGUCUUAUCGGCCGAGGUCUCGCGCUCGAGUAUCUUCUCAGCGGAAACGAUAUCAACGCCAAGUAUGCAGAGCGAAUCGGAUGGAUUAAUAAGGCUUUUUGCUCGUCUGAGGAGAUGUACGAGUAUAUUGACGGUCUUACCUCGCGCUUGCGUCUGUUUCCUCUACUGGCCAUGGCUGCCAUUAAGAAGGCGGUCAACGCUCGGUCUAGUCCUACUUUGCAGGAUCUGCUGCGCGACGCUGCGUCCUUUACCUCUCGUUUGACGGAUCCAGCUAUGCCAGGUUUGAUCAGAAGGGCCUUGGCUGUCACCAACAAUCUCACUCUUGGCGAUGCUGAGCUCAACCUUGGCCGAGAUCUUCCCGUUGUGUAUGAGUAGAGUCACGUCAUCAUAACAAACGAACAGCGCAAUACCUCACCCUAGAGAUUGCUUCGCUCCACUGUUUGGCAGGAAGUCUCGUGACAUAGGAUUGUAUUGUCGUUUGUUCUCAGGUUGGCACCACAUUAGAUUUCGGAAUAUGGAGCUAGAGAGGAAAGUAGGCACUUUUAGUGAUUAACGCCGAUGUCAUCCAAAUCAAAGAUCACAUAUAUUUUUUUAUUUUUGUACUCUUAUCUUGG